AAUUUACUAUGGAAGAGGGUGGUGGUGGAAUAGGACCAUGUUAUAACUACAAUGCAAGUAAUACUAAAGAUCACUUAGCAACCAUUAAAGGUUCAACAAGAGAGUAUAACAAACAAUGGCUAGUUUGUGGUUUUAAUGGUUUUGGACAAUUCAAAUUUGAAAAAUCUAAACGGAAAUUGCUAAAUUUUGAAGAAUUACAAAUGCCUUUAGAAGAAACCAAUACUAAUGUAUUAGUAGCCUGUUCUUGGAAUUGUUUAGCUGUUGCUUGCGACUGCUCUCUUCACCUGCAAGGCUUCAUAUCGAAUAAUCCCAGAACUAUAAAAUCUAUAAAGACAAAUGUUCCCAUCAAAUCCAUAGAUAUUUGCGAUAAAUUUUGCUUAGUUUUACUGGAAAAUGGAAAAGUUUAUAAAUUACUACCUGAAAAUGAAGAAAAACUUAAAGAAAUUACAUUUCAAAUUGAUGUAAAGACAAUAACACCACAAAAACGCAGUAUAUUUGGAGAAUGUAAAAUGACUAAAACAAUUUUGGAAAUGGCUCAUAUAGCUUGUGGCGAUAAUAUAGUCAUAGCUGUUAGUACUACAAAUGCUGUUUUUAGUGGUACAACACAAAUUUAUCAAUUUCCUAAACAUCAACGUAUAAAACAAUUAAAAUGCGGCUUUGAACAUGCUCUACUCUUAACAACAAAUGGUGAUAUUUAUACCUGGGGAAAUGGUUUGAGAGGACAAUUGGGUUUGGAAGUAUUACGUGUAGAGGAAACUCCAACUUUACUGGAAGCUUUAGCUGGUAUAAAAAUAACUUAUAUAGCUGCUGGAGGUUGGCAUAGUGCAGCCAUUUCGGCCUUUGGUGAUCUAUACACUUGGGGAUUCAAUUCAAAUGGUCAGCUAGGUUUGCGUCUAUAUAAAACAAAUGAUAAACAUCUUAAAGAACCAACAGUUUAUCCACUGCCACAAAUAAUCGAACUAACAACAUGCCAGAGUUGUAAAACUGCAAAUAACGAAGAAGAUAUGAAGUCCAAUUGUUAUCCGCUAAAAGUAGUAGCUGGUGCAAGGCAUACAAUAUUGCUUAUGAGUUGUGGCUGUUUAUAUGUCAGUGGUUGGAACUCCUAUGGUCAAUUGGGCUUAAAAAAUUUUAAAGAAUAUUGUGAUUAUUUCAAAUUUGUACUUAAAUUAGAAGAUGUCAACGAUAAACAAAUUAUAUGUGGUAAUUGGUGUACAAUAAUAAACAAAUAAAUAUGUUAAACAAAUAAAUAA